AUGACGGACGUGGAGAUGGAAUCAGUCGUUACGUGCGAGUACGACCCAGAAAACAUGGACUUGGAGGGACCACUGACGAGGAUGGCGACAGCUACAGUAGAACAAUUGCCCAACAUGGCCCCUCUCAUUAAACUUGGAGCGGCAUCGGACCUAAAGGAUUUUUACGGAAGACAUCAAAUUGAGGACCAAGCACGCAGUUAG